CCAACAAUUAUUACAGGUCGGUGGGAAAUUUGGGCUUUUUUUUCUCAGGUCUAUUUAACUAACGUCAUCACUCGUCCAACAUUUCUUAAACUCUUUUUCCCCUAAACAAGAGUACGGAGUAACAACUAUUUGCAAUUAGGGUUUUUUCUCUCAAUUCAUCUUCCAUUGAAUUUAUCCAAGCUAAGCUAAAUCAACGUUUGCUAUUUUAGCAUUUCAAUCGACGAACGAUGAGGCCUGUUUUCGUUGGAAAUUUCGAGUACAGUACUCGUCAAACUGAUCUUGAGCGACUUUUCUCCAAGUAUGGCAGAGUUGAACGCGUUGAUAUGAAAUCUGGGUUUGCUUUUGUUUACUUCGAUAAUGAACGCGAUGCGGAUGAUGCCAUUCGUGCUCUUGACAAUGUUCCGUUCGGCCGUGACAAGCGCAGGUUGUCAGUGGAGUGGGCCAAGGGUGAAAGGGGUAAGGCCCGUGAUGGAUCCAAGGGAGGAAGAGUCACUAAGACCUUAUUUGUCAUAAACUUUGAUCCAGUAAGAACACGUGAUCGGGAUCUAGAGAGACACUUUGAACCUUAUGGGAAGAUUUUGAGCGUCCGAAUUCGGCGGAACUUUGCAUUUGUGCAGUUUGAAAUUCAGGAAGAUGCUACUAAGGCUCUUGAGCACACCAACAUGAGCAAGCUGUUGGACAGGGUAAUCUCAGUUGAAUAUGCCCUCCGCGAUGAUGAUGAGAGAGAUGACAGGCUUCGCAGUCCAAGAGGUUAUGGCCGGAGCCCUCUGCAGCGCUCCCCAAGUCCACAUUUUCGUCGCAGUAGGCCAAGUCCUGACUAUGGUCGACCUCGUAGCCCUGUUUAUGAUCGAUAUGAUGGUCCAGCUUAUGAGAGGCGUCGUAGUCCUGAUUAUAUUCGGUACCGCAGCCGUUCACCAGUUCGGAGGUCAAGAACUUGAAGCUUCAAGCACUUCAUCAUGUAGGAUGUGGAACAGUGGAAGUACUAGGUUAUUGUUCUCUAAGAACUUGAGAUGUAUUUAGUUCGAGGAAUUUAGAAUUUUGAAGCGCACUUGUCGACUGUUAUGCUCUCGUUUAGAAUCCUGUAAUAUAUCUUCUGUGGAUUGAAACAUCAAUGACUUUAGUCUACAUCUUUGUGAAUCAUUAAUGGAUUUGGUCUAUUUCUCUGCGAAA